AUGCCAACCCACUUUCACGUGAAGUGGACAGCGAAGAGCCGCGCAAGCUCUUCUCGGUUGCUUUUGCGUGAAAAGCAGCAGGGGCUAAAUGAUUUUGUUUUCCUGGGGUGCGCGGGGCUUUCUGCUGUGGUUGCCGUUGGGCAGAUGUUGCUGGCGCUAGGCACGCCCAUACCGUUGCGCAACCAAAUAGUCGAGAGGUGCGAGCAGCUGCCGGAGGGUGCCGUGCGCCUGCUGCCGAGCUCCACGUCUACUGCCGCCCCACAUUCAGAAGAAGAGAAAGAAGGCCGCCAAUGGAAGCAGAAGCAGCAGCAAAGAAGAGUUGCGUGA